AUGGGGUACUCACAAGGUUUCCAAACUCCUGCUCCUAGUGGGAGUCAAAGAGGGUACAAUCAAGGUGGAGGGUCUGGUGCAAGUACAAGCUAUCCUAGUCAGGGAAAGGGAAAGGCAAAAGCAAAGUCGUCUGCUCAAGCCUACGCUCUUGGGGUUGAUGAUCAUAAGGAAUGCGGUAAGGUAUGUGAGACAUUCUCUAGCUCGGUUGAAGCGGUUAAGGAAGCAAAUGUUGAAUCAAAAGCCUUGCUAUGUUUAGAUGUGGUGACAAGAUGGAACUCCACAUACAUGAUGCUUGAAGCAGCAUUGAAGUACAAGAGUGUUUUUAAGUAUAUGGAAGGGGAUCCAUACUACACUAAGUAUUUUGAAGAAGAAAGAGUCAAUGGGGAAAAACUUGACGACCCACCAGAAGCUAGUGAUUGGAGCAAUGCUGAAGUAUUUGUUAAAUUUCUCAACUCUUUUUAUCAACUCACUUUGAAGUUCAGUGGGUUAUUGUAUGUAACAUCAAAUCUUUUUUUUCAAGAGAUUUUGCAAGUUCAAGUUGAGCUCAAUGAUACGAAGGCUAGUAAAGAUGAGUUGAUUAGCAAAAUGGCGGGGAGCAUGCAAUUAAAGUUUAACAAGUAUUGGGGCAAUGUGGAGAAGGUUAACUUGUUGCAGUAUAUUGCAUCUAUUUUGGAUCCAAGAUUCAAACUUGAUGUGGUUCAGAAUGGUUUCAGGUAUCUCUAUGAUGCAAUUACAGUUGAAAUAAUGAUUAAAAAAGUUGAAAAUAUGAGGACUAGCUUGUAUGCUUUUUAUCAAAAGAUUGUUGUGCUUCUUAAUUCCUCCAAUGAUCAACAAGCAACUGAAAAUGCCACUUUCAAAUCCAAUGCAAGCUCAAGUAGCACAUCAUUGCUUAUCAAGCUUAGGUUUGUGUCAAGUGAAGUAGCCACUAAUGAUUUGGAUGAUUAUCUUAAUGAUAGAAAGGAAAAGUUGCUUGAUAAUGUGGAUUUUGACAUUCUAGAUUGGUGGAAAAGGAAUAGUAGUAAGUAUCCUAUUGUCUCUCACGUUGCUAAAGAUGUUUUGGCUGUUCAAAUAUCUAGUGUUGCUUCUGAAUCAACUUUUUCUAAUGGAGGACGGAUACUUGAUCCAUUUAGAAGUUCUUUGUCUCCAAAGACAGUUGAAGCAUUAAUUUGCUCAAAGAAUUAG